GACUCGAGGUCUAACUUUGUCAGACAGUUCACGAUUAUUCCGUUGUUGUGCCGGAUCGAAACAAAACCAUGCCGAUCGAUUUUUAUCAUGUUCCCGGAAGCGCUCCGUGCCGCGCCGUUGCUCUGGCAGCCGCCGCGGUUGGAGUUUCAUUGAAUGCCAAACCUGUAAACUUGAUGAAAGGAGAACAGAUGAAACCUGAAUUCCUGAAGAUGAAUCCACAGCACACGGUUCCUACGAUCAACGACAAUGGUUUUAUUCUGUGGGAGAGCCGACCUAUUAUGGCGUACUUGGCAGAACAGUAUGGCAAGAACGAUUCACUGUACCCAAAGGAUCCCAAAAAACGCGCGAUGGUUAACCUGAGAUUGUUCUUUGAUGCUUGCACCUUGUACAAAGCCUUUGGUGACUGUUACUAUCCGACGAUUUUCGCCAAGGCACCCAUGGAUCAAACCAAAUACGAGGCUGUCAAUACGGCCCUUUCACUACUCGACAAAUUCCUCGAGACAGACGAGUAUGUUGCGGGAAAGAAUAUGACAAUUGCCGAUUUAUCCCUUACUGCCACUGUUUCCACACUUGAGGUUAUCGAUCACGAUUUUAGCAAAUUCAAAAACGUAAGUAGGUGGUUAGCCAAAAUGAAGGCAACCGCGCCAAAAUACGAGGAAUGCAACAACGUUGGUCUCAAAGCCUUCAAGGCCAUGGUGGAUGAAUUAAAGAAGAAGUAAACAACGCGUUAUGAGGUGUUUGGUCAAUCUGUAUUUAUAAACCGCAUUGAGACAUUUUUGUACACUGUAGCGACCUUGUCACUACCAUUCCCCGUGUAUUAGGUACUUAGUAUGUGUAAGCGGCGAUUUACCGGGUUUUUCCGGAAAGUCUUGCUCGGGAUUGGCUUUUGUUGAUGUACUCAUCUGGCACCCAGACUCGUGCAAGUCCACAGUUUUUGACGUUAGCGAUAAAAGUCAGCGAACGUUGUGACCAUUGUCAGAUCACUUUUCCUACGUUUGGUUCCCAAGAUUUUCGAUCUUCGAGGGCAUUCUGGAAGGACUCACGGAAGCGUUCACUUCGUUCCGCGUCAACGCACAAUUUCUAGUGCAUCUUUUAUCCGCGCGUCAUUAUAGAUAUAGUGUUUAUGUAUCGCACGAUUUCAAUUGUAUUAAUAAAAGAGUG